AUGGCCUCCAAGACCUUUGCUCGAACCCUGCGCACUGCUUCCAAGCAGAAGAUUGCGACCCCAUCCAUCCCCAAGCGGUCGUUUGUCUCUGCUCGUGCUAGCAGACCCGUUGUGGCAGCUUCUCAGAGAAGCUCAUUCGCAGCUCCCGCUCAGCAACAGACAAGAGGUGUCAAGACCAUUGACUUUGCUGGCACGAAGGAAGAUGUUUACGAGCGCGCUGACUGGCCUCGUGAGAAACUCCUCGAUUACUUCAAGAACGACACCCUGGCGCUGAUCGGUUAUGGUUCGCAAGGCCAUGGUCAGGGUCUUAACCUCCGUGACAACGGAUUGAACGUCAUCAUCGGUGUUCGAAAGAACGGAGCGUCGUGGAAGGAAGCAGAACAAGAUGGCUGGAUUCCCGGCAAGAACUUGUUCGAGGUUGACGAGGCCAUCUCCAAGGGCACCAUCAUCAUGAACUUGCUCAGUGAUGCUGCACAGAGUGAAACCUGGCCAGCUAUCAAGCCUCAAUUGACCAAGGGAAAGACUCUGUAUUUCUCCCACGGUUUCUCCCCCGUUUUCAAGGACCUUACCAAGGUCGACGUGCCCGAGGAUAUUGAUGUUAUCCUGGUCGCCCCCAAGGGUUCCGGCCGAACUGUCCGAUCGCUCUUCCGUGAAGGACGGGGCAUCAAUUCGUCCUUUGCCGUGUACCAGGAUGUCACCGGCAAGGCUAAAGAGAAGGCUGUCGCCAUGGGUGUCGCAGUCGGUUCCGGCUACCUCUAUGAGACCACAUUCGAAAAGGAGGUCUACUCUGACCUGUACGGUGAGCGAGGCUGCUUGAUGGGUGGUAUCCAUGGCAUGUUCCUCGCCCAGUACGAGGUUCUCCGAGAGCGUGGCCACUCUCCCUCCGAGGCAUUCAACGAGACUGUCGAGGAGGCCACCCAAUCCCUGUACCCUCUCAUCGGUGCCAACGGCAUGGACUGGAUGUACUCUGCUUGCUCGACCACCGCUCGUCGUGGUGCCAUCGACUGGCAAGGCAAGUUCAAGGAUGCUCUCAAGCCCGUCUUCAAUGAUCUGUAUGACAGCGUCAAGAACGGCACCGAGACCAAGCGCAGCUUGGAGUACAACAGCCAGAAGGACUACCGACAGAAGUUCGAGAAGGAGAUGGAGGACAUCCGGGGUAUGGAGAUCUGGCGUGCCGGAAAGGCUGUUCGGUAA